CAGCAAUAAUCACAAAUGCAGAACAACCUAGGGAAGAUGAUAACGGAGCAGCUGCGGAAUCCGAAUGAGCUGGACAUCAGUCUCCGCAUGGAAUUUGGACCAUUUGAAACUGUACACAAAUGGAAAAGGAUGUCGGAAUGCUAUGAGUUUGUUGGAGCCAGACGCAGCAAACAUACAGCCGUAGCGUACAAAGAUGCUAUCUAUGUGUUUGGAGGUGACAAUGGCAAGUCGAUGCUGAAUGAUCUGAUUAGGUUCGAUAUCCGGGAGAAGUCGUGGACGAAAACUGGAUGCAUGGGCAUCCCACCAGCACCCAGAUACCAUCAUUCUGCAGUGGUACAUCGGUCGUCGAUGUUCGUGUUCGGCGGUUACACGGGCGAUAUAUUAGCGAACUCCAACCUGACCAAUAAGAACGAUCUCUUCGAGUACAAGUUCCAGAGCGCACAGUGGGUGCAGUGGAAGUUUAGUGGACAGGAGCCUGUACCUCGGUCAGCGCAUGGCGCGGCAGUGUAUGACGACAAACUGUGGAUAUUCGCUGGUUACGACGGGAACGCGCGCCUUAAUGAUAUGUGGACUAUCAACUUGUUGGGCGAGACGCGGCAAUGGGAGCGAAUAGAACAGAAGGGGCAGUGUCCCCCUACGUGCUGCAACUUCCCCGUGGCAGUGGCGAGAGGGAAAAUGUUCGUGUUCAGUGGACAGAGUGGAGCUAAGAUUACUAAUGCCCUCUUCCAGUUCGAUUUUGAGACGCAUACUCCGAGCAUGUCCCCACCCAGCUGGAGCCGCGUGUGCACGGAGCACCUGCUGCGCAGCGCGGGCGGCGCGCCGGCGCGACGCUACGGACACGUCAUGGUGGCGCACAGGGCGCAUCUCUACGUCUUCGGGGGCGCCGCCGACAACACGCUGCCCAACGACCUGCAUUGCUACGACCUGGACACGCAGAUAUGGUCAGUAAUUCAGCCCGCCAACGACUCUCAGAUCCCGUCAGGCCGACUGUUCCACGCGGGCGCAGUAGUAGGAGACGCGCUCUAUAUCUUCGGGGGCACUAUAGAUAAUAACGUCAGGAGCGGGGAUCUGUUCCGGUUUCAGCUGUCGAACUAUCCUCGCUGCACUCUGCACGAUGACUUCGGUCGCAUUCUGAAAUCCCAUCAGUUCUGUGACAUACAAAUAUUGGUGGGCCCAGAGAAGACGCCCAUAUUAGCUCAUCAAGCCAUCUUGGCGGCCCGGUCGCAGUAUCUACGUGCUAAAAUUAAAGAAGCUCGCGACGAUCUAACGAAGCGUAUCGCAGCGGGGGAGGAAGAAGCGUCAGAAGUAUGUUCGUACAAGUCCCCCCCACAACUCUGUGUGUUGCUACCUGAGGCCACGCCUGAAGCUUUCCACAUGGUGCUCAACUAUAUCUACACAGAUAGAAUCGAUCCUACUGAGAAAGACGAAGAUCCAGAAUCUCCAGCAACAGUCCUCCUAGUGAUGGAAGUCCUCCGCCUAGCGCUGCGACUAAGUAUCCCCCGCCUUAGGGGUCUGUGUGCGAGGUUCCUCCGCGCCAACCUGUGUUACGGCAACGUGUUGCAGGCGCUACACGCUGCACAUCACGCGUCGCUGUCUUGUAUCAAGGAGUAUUGUCUCAGGUUCGUAGUAAAAGACUACAACUUCACCCCGAUAGUGAUGUCGAAAGAGUUCGAGGAGAUGGACCAGGGUCUGAUGGUGGAGAUCAUACGCAGACGACAACAGCCACAGUCUAAGCAAGCUAACGGGGCCGCGCAACAGGAAUAUGAGGAGGAAAUUAUUGGCACAACUUUAGAGCAGGACAUGUGCGUGCUGCUGGGCGGCGGCGGCUCGCUGUCGGACGUCCGGCUCCGCGUGGGCAGCGCGGCCCGCCCCGCGCACCGCUCCGUGCUCGCCGCGCGCGCCGCCUACUUCGAGGCCAUGUUCCGCUCCUUCUCGCCGCACGACAAUAUCGUCAAUGUAUCGCGGCCCGCCCCGCGCACCGCUCCGUGCUCGCCGCGCGCGCCGCCUACUUCGAGGCCAUGUUCCGCUCCUUCUCGCCGCACGACAAUAUCGUCAAUGUAUGUACACUAUAGCUCGCUGUCGGACGUCCGGCUCCGCGUGGGCAGCGCGGCCCGCCCCGCGCACCGCUCCGUGCUCGCCGCGCGCGCCGCCUACUUCGAGGCCAUGUUCCGCUCCUUCUCGCCGCACGACAAUAUCGUCAAUAUACAAAUCUGCGACACGGUGCCAUCAGAAGAGGCGUUCGAUUCCCUGCUGCGGUACAUUUACUACGGAGACACCAAUAUGCCCACUGAAGACUCGCUGUAUCUAUUCCAAGCUCCUAUAUAUUACGGGUUCACAAACAACCGUCUCCAAGUAUUCUGCAAGCACAACCUGCAGAGUAACGUGUCCCCGGAGAACGUCCUCGCCAUACUACAGGCCGCAGACCGCAUGCGGGCUACUGACAUCAAGGAGUACGCGCUCAAGAUGAUCGUCCACCAUUUUGGAUUGGUCGCGCGACAGGACGCUAUCAAAAACCUAGCACAGCCACUCCUAGUGGAUAUAAUAUGGGCGUUGGCUGACGAACCAAACUUCGACGCCCCCCUCCCGGUCCAACCCAGGUCCUUGCCAUCAUCGUCGUCCGCAGAUACACUCACUGAUGAUCCAGAGUUCUACGCCAGAUUCCGAUGUGGAAAGUCUUAAAUGGUAAUUAAUAUAAUCACACUAUAAUAUUCUAUAUCUGAAAGUUUCUUUGUUUAGAUGUUUGUCCGUCAAUCACGCUGAAACUGCUGAACGGAUUUUGAUGAAAUUUGGUAUACAGGCAGGGUAUGGGCUGACUUAGGUGAUAGAAUACUUUUUAUCCCGAUUAAAUGUUUCCAUGGGAUAAAAUAGGAAUCAUAUUCUACGCGGACGAAGUCGCGGGCAAUAACUAAUAAUAUUAUAUUAACAUGUGCUCUUGACUGGUGUACUUGUAUAAUUGUGAUGAAAGCUAAACAUAGUUAGUGUAAAGAUUUAGUGGAAUUAUUUUCCAGAGUCUGUGUUUCCUGAGAAGUAUAUGGUACGACGUGCUCCAUUUUAGACCGCAUCAUCGCUUACCAGGCGAGAUAGUGGGCAAACGUCGGCCUAUCAAAUAUAAAAAAAAAAACAAAAAGAAUUCUAUAAUUCUAUUUCUAUUCUUUUAAAUUUCAUUUUAACUGAAUUAUUCUAGUAAACCAAUCAUGUCGCCAGAACAUAAUGGCAGUAAGUGCCAACUCUAUAACUACUUUAAAAGUAUACUUAUGUAAACUGCCUUUAUUUCUAUAUCGUCAGGGUUGAAAUUUCAAUAACCAUCACGAUAUAUGGGACUAUAAACCAGCUUUAAGCUGUACAUUUAAAAUUCUACUUUAACGUUUUAAUUAUACGGUUUAUAACACAUUGUCUAACAUAACCUACCUCUAUCAAACAUCGAAUAACAACUAAAUAAACUUUAUAAUAUUUCA